AUGAAUGGUGUCCUACAUUACAUAUUACUAACUACUUUAUGUGUGGAAUUCAUAGUGGGAAGUUUAGGGAAUGCAUUCAUAGUUCUGGUGAACAUCGUGGACUGGGUAAAGAGGAGAAAGCUAUCUUUUAUAGAUCAGAUCUUCACUGCUCUGGCAAUUUCCAGAAUUGGUUUCCUCUGCUCAAUAAUUACAAGUAUAUUGGUAUAUGAACUGUAUCCAGCUUUAAUAAUGACUAAAAGACUGGUGAGAGAAAUUAAUACAUCUUGGACAGUUACCAAUCAUUUCAGCAUCUGGCUUGCUACAAGUCUCAGCAUCUUUUAUUUUCUCAAAAUAGGCAUUUUUUCAAACUCUAUUUUUCACUUAAAAUGGAGAGUAAAACAAGUGGUAUCUAUGACAUUGCUGGCAUCUUUGCUCAUCUUCUUUUCGAAUAUUUUAAUCAUAAACAGAUGUAUUGAUGUUUGGAUUGAUGGACAUGAGGCUAAUAUAUCCUACAGUGCUAUCUUAAGUAAUGCCACUCAAAUUUCUAGGCUUAUUAUACUCAUCAACAGUAUGUUCACACUUAUACCAUUCACUGUAUCUCUGACAAUGUUUCUCCUUCUCAUUUUCUCUCUAUGGAGACAUCUGAAGAACAUGCAGGGCAAUGCCACAGGCUUCGGAGACAUCAGCACUGCAGCCCACAUAAAGGCCCUGCAAAUGGUGGUCACCUUUCUGUCAAUGUAUACCAUUUUUUUCCUGUCGAUUCUUUUGCAGUUUUGUCACAUUAAAUUUCAGAAGAAAAAUGCAGUCAUUCUAUUUUCCUUUGCUGCCGGACUUGCCUUUCCUUCAGGCCACUCCUGUAUCCUGAUCCUGGGGAACACUAAGCUUAGGCAGGCUGUUCUUUUCACGGCAUGGUGGCUGAGGUGCAGGCUCAGUGAUGCAGAAUCCUCAGAUUCCUAA